GGUUCUAAACGAAUCACAGGAAACCAUGUGACCUUGCUCUCUUCUUAUUGGUCUGCUGCGUGCUGGCGCAAAACACAAACCGGAAAAAGGCUGCGGAGUAUCGAAAUUUGAGUAAAAUGGACACUAACGGCAACAUGCAGUAAAACUGUUGAUAAAUUAAAGUAAAGACGUUUGCCAGGCUGCAGGAAGUUAAUAGUCGAAUGCUGUUCAAGUUCUUUUGUACAGGUGACAGGUGAGUUCGAUUCAUCACCUGUUUUAUGUGGUGAAUGCUGGGAGUGGCGUCACCAGCGUUCAGCGUUAUUGCUAAAACUAUUAAUUUCUUUAAAAAAUAAAGAUUUGGUUAGAUUUUUUUAUGUUUACGAGCGUUAGAAAUUCCCUUUUAAGAGACUACAUCGUUUGGCCUCUAGAGGACAGUGUAGGCUUGAUUUGAUACUCUACAGUGACGUCACAGUCGUGACGUUUUGGAGGGACAACGCUUCACGUACAGAUCUCGUCUGUCAAACUUGCUUCGUUUGAGUCAGCAUGACUAUUAUACUGCCCCCUAUUGGCCAAAUCACGUAGAAAGGCCGCCUUAUCUGAAGUAUGUCCCAGGAGGUCGGAGCGGCUCCUGUUCCCCUCCCGGAGGAGCCGGGCCUGAACUAAUCGUCAGCGAGAAAGGAGAGAAGAGGGGGAGAGCACGUCUGUGUUCCAGCUCCGUAGCUCCGCGGAGCAAGCGCCGGUGUUUGAGUGGUGGCUCCCCCGCUCAAAGAGACGUAGCUGAGGGAAAAUGAUGAGCGCAGCCCCGGCGCUAUGGCCAAACCGGCUCCGUACCCCGGAGCCAAUCAAUCAAGGCUGCCUCCGCGGAUAUUCCCACGGUUCGGCCAAUCAGGGGACGGAAGAGGCGGGUCUAGGGCUGUGACGUCACCCUGUCAAACUAAGCACGUUGCUGUUUCGCGGAAACGCUUAAAGGGGAAAGAAGCGUAAAUCAUGACGGGUAAAAAAAAAUCUAAAGUUUGUGUUAAAAGGCAGUGUCACUUCUACUUAAGUUUUAAGGGUGUAUUCCACUGUAAGUAAUAAUAAUAAAUUAGUUGGCUUGUCCCUUUUGUGGGUUGUUUUUGACCCAAUUGUUUUAAGCGCAUGUAUGAGGCAACCGGUCCACGGUGUACCCCGCAAACAUUCAUUUUAGAUUGAUUAAGUAACAACCAGUCCAGUGGACCCUGCCUUUAUUGCCAAAUCAAAUUUAAACUGUUUGAUUCAAGACUUUCAGAGUUGAUAAUAUGACUGAAUGGUUGGUAAGUUAUAUGUGCCUUGCGAUUUUCUUGCAAAUUUGAUAGAGACAGGUGCUUUAAAAAAUGUCUGGAUGAAAAUAUUACAGGCAAGAUGGUGUUAACAGUUUCUUCUUUCUUUAUGUUGCACUUUUUUUUUUUUCAAUUUUAGAACUGUUAUUUCUUUAACCUGCGCGCAGGGAAUAAAACACGUUAUCGGCCACCUUGAAUUUUUGUCAUGGCCAAGAGGUUGCUAGGCAACCUUCCCUCCAGGCCAGUCACCACACCCGGCCUUGAAAGUGCCCCAUACAUAACAUUCUUGUUUGGCCUCUUAUUGAGGGAUAAAUGAGAAAAUCAAUACGCCUCUUGUACCUGCCUCCUUUAAGACACAGACUGCAAGGCUGGCAGGCAACAUUUGCUGUUGUCAUACAAAUUUAUUUCCUGGGCAUUACCUCUUAAAAGUGAUUUAAAAAAAAAAAAAAAAAAAGAAACCAAAAAACAUUAUAAACGGUAUUAAUUUUCAGCCAUCACCAUCAUAGUCCACUUAGCUUAAUGCUACAAGUAAUGCAAAAUGCCAGUGACAUGCUAAAGAUUAACAUUGAUUGACGUUUUGGUUCUUUUUCCUUUUGCUUAAUUAUUCACUCAUCUGGUUGUACUUUUUACGAAUAAAAUAUAAAAAAAAACAACAACAAUGUAUGUUCCAAAAAUUGUCUUCCCCCCCCCAAAAAAAAUCCAUUGAAAUAUAACCAAAGCAAUAGUUCUAUCUGGCUGAUGAUAUUUUGCGUUGAAUAUUCUUUCGGGAAACGGGACAGAAGGUUGUUAUUGUGUCAAUAAAUACUGACUUAUUUCACCAUGUGAGAAUGUCUCCAGGAUAGGAGAGCAGGACGGACUAGUUUUAAGUAAACAAUGAUACAAGGCGUUGGCGACCACAAGUUUAUUGUCAUGAAUCGAUAAAGAGAGAAGGAGGAAAGGCCAAUUACACAAAUGACUAACUCGUUAUACGGGUGUAACUUUAAGGGCAAACGAGGAUACCGACCAUUCGUUUUCUUUACCCUCUUAAAACAUUCAUGCAAACUUUUUGGGUUAAAUGAAUAAACCCAGAAAGUCAGCUUGGCUCCUUUUUAACCCAAUUUGGGUCAUUUUUGACACAACUGGAGUAGUCGGGUACACCCUGGACUGGUCGCAGGGCACCAUGGACAAACAAGCAUUCUCACUCACAUUCACAAUUACAGGAUAGCACCCGUCUCACACUCACCACUAGUGUACUGUUUUUCCAACAAGACAUCUCUGACCCACUGCCAUGGAAGACACACGAUUAAAUUGUUUCUUGACAAGCCCCCCCUCCAAGUGUCAAUGGAAUAUGAAUAGAGCUGCAGAUGGCAAAACAGGUUACCAUGCCAACUCGUGUACUCCCUAUAUUGAAUGCAACAUUGGGAAUUGUUCACUUAAUUACAUGUUGUUGUUGUACGGCUUUUCCGCUUGGCAACACAUGACUAUGUGUUACCUACUGCUGCCUUGCUUAGAGCAAUCUCAAAGUCUGUAUGGACCUCAAAAUUCGGAACAUGCCAUCAAAAUGUGAUUAUUUUGAAGAUUUACCAUACAUUUUUUGAAAUUCUGUCAUUCUUUUUUGAAGUGUUUUGCACUUUUGAAAUGAAUAAUGAAGACUGUCAAAUAUAAAAAUUCCACCCAGCAGUGAGGUAACUGGUUAUUUUGAAGAUCGACCAAAUGGAUUUUAACAAGGACAAGUGGAGCAUCAGACAAAAGCACAAAGGACUGAUUCAGCUACUUCCCAUCAGAACCUGGUCAUGACAGCAAUGAAGAGCUCCAUCUGCACCUGGCAGACACAAGCAAAUGAAUCCGUUAAUGGGCAUUAUGGAGAAAUAUCCAGUUUUUAUUGUCCCUCAUUGCAGAUGUCAUCACUCAGCACUGUUGUGAUGAAAAUGAGUGAUUAUAGAGGUACGAAAUAGACAAGUUGAGGGGGGUUAAUGUAUUAAAUAGACAUGGAAAUGAGAUUUUAACUGUUGCUAAAAAUAUUGGGAACAAUUAUCUUCAAUGUGAUGUGCUGUAGUGCCCCCUACUGGAGAAUGAACGCAUGUGCCACACAUUCCAAGCGGAUUGAAAUAGAUUUAUUCCGAACCCCCACAAAGUUACACCGACUUUAAAUACGUUCAAAUAAUACUAGGUGUCUUAAUAAUUUAACAUGAGCAAAUUAAACUGUCUCUUUCUAAACUUUAUUACAGCACGUGAACGGAUAACGGUGACGUCACCACGUCUUGCGUUCCUACGGUAACGGCGCAAGGCUUCUCCCAGAGAGGAUCAUGGGAAGUGAACGGUGUUUUUGAAACGGAGGGAGUUUCGAAUUAUUUUACAUUAGCUGCGGUUAAACACGACCAGCACUCGACAUGCUAACCAUUUAAGUAACGCGACGUUUAAGCGAAAACAUAAAUACGACGAAUAUGUUCGCUAUACUCGGCCUUCCUAUUCUUCGUAGAAUUAGCUAGGUGGCUAAUGCUAUCAGCCACUGUGUGGAGUCGUCAGGGGCAACAAAAUGGGCGAACAAAGAAAUUAGACAAAAAAGCAAAACUUGUUGAUUUACCAGAAAUGCCACAGAUACGGUGUUGUCGAAGCCAGUGGGAAUGACGCAGCGACGAUGACAGUGAUGAAGAGGGCGUUACAUCCCGAUCCGGGGAGCCAAAGACAAAUCAUUUUAGUCUAGUUGAUUAUUCAAAGGGUUAAAUUACUGAUGGUGUCUCGGUCUGGAUACAAGCAUGGAGCUGACGCUAGAAGUGGUCAUCUCCUCCAGAAUCAAACGAAAAAAGCCAUGGCCACGAUUUUGCUGGCUCGGUCAGGAGAAAGAAUGUGUCUUCCUGUUCGACGACAAACGGAUCAGCGAGAUCAACAUGAUGUCCGGUCGUACCAAGAAGAAGACCCCCAAACUCCAUCCUUUGCUCAACAAUGUGGUGACGAUGGCUCCAUCCCGCAAUGGGAUUUGGUUUUGUGGACUUUUGACCACGGGCGAGCUCUUUUUAUGGAACAGGGACAAUGAUUUGUUGAAGACUGUCACAGCGGCCCCUGAAGUCGUUCACAUCAUCACUACGAUUCAAGGGAGUUCCACGCGACUGUCCAUCCAUGUAUCGGGUAACGGGGCGCGUGUGAUUUUGGUCACCACGUUGGGGCAAGUGUUUCUGUGGGAAUGUACAGACCCUGAAGAUUUGACUUUGACGCAAGACGGCUCAGUGGAAGGAUGCUGGGUCCAAAUGCAGCCGCCUCAAGACUCCCCUCUGCCCACUUUGAAGGACAAAGAGGCGACUCAUUGCAGUGUCUUUGUGGAAAACAAGACUAUGGGUGAUGUGUGUUUACUGGGAUUUGUAUUCACAUCUGGGAAAAAACUCAUCAUCACCUGCCUCAAAAUCCAAUGGCUGGAUCAACGUUUGUGCUUUGGCUCUAUGGAAUACAGCCUACAAUGGGCCACCAAGACGUACCUCAUGUCACGUCUCAACCCGCCCUGCCAAACGGUCAAGUCCAGAGGGGCGCUGGUCGUCGACUUCUCCCCCGACGGGCAACUGCUAGCCGUCGUGGUGAACCAGCAACAGCCUCAGGCCACGCAGGUUCUAUUUGUGAGCACGCAAAAUUUUGUCUCCGUGUCAAGCGGACUUGGACGAUGCGGGUGUAAAACUGAGCAGGUUCCUUCUAAAUACACAAGGUCAUACUGGGUUGGGAGUCUAAGCUGGUCACAUGACGGCCUUUUCCUGGCCUGCGUUUUGAAGAGAGGCGCCCUCCUGAUCCUGGCUCGUCUCGGCGGGCUCCUGGCGCUAACCAGCUCUGGCUGCAAAAUCGACUUUGGGCCAGCGCACUUUCUCCCCCUUCACCCAUUGGUCACUUACCGGCUUCCGACCGGACGAGCGGAGGCCCACCUGUCCAGCUCGAGCGUGUCGGCACGGGACACCAUGAGGCAGCGCUUUUCCGUCACUUGGCACCCGCGCCUCCUCUACUGCAUCGUGUCCGACGGCUACAUGGCCACCGUGCUGCGAGUCCUCAACAGGCCUUCUCCUGCAAUGCUGGUGAAAGCUCUGUUGGAUAACAGCAGCAAAGACCUUCAGAAGGUCUGCAACCUUCUGGAUACAUCUCAGUUGGAUGUGAGAACGUGCUUGGAGUCGUACCUCAGUCCGGACGCCAAGUCGUUCACCACGAGAGGACGUCACCCUGCGGACUCCAUUGUAUCAGCAGCCACGCACGAUUCCACUUUGCCUUUCUUUCUGCAGGACCAGGGCACCUUCGGUGGCACCAAGGAGCUGUUUGAUCGAGUUCAGUCCUUCUUUGAGGAUGAAUCCGAUGUAGACGGCCCUCCUCUUGGUUCGCAGCUGGCGGACAGCGGACGCUUGGAGUUUGCCUCCAUGUUCGACACUCUCCACGCUUUGGACACAGAGACUGAACUAGACCAAGAUCCUGAAGAGGACCUUGAGAUGACCGUGUGUUGUCUUCGACGGGAUCUCAGUAAAAUCCAGAAUGGGCUCUUGACGGUGUGGGCUCUCUGCAUGUCUCUGGGAGCUGCGGUGGAAAACCGAGCCCACCUGCUCGAGUGCACCGUCAUCCGCGUGGCGCAACUCGCCGCUUUGUUCCACUUGAUGCCGAAGAGUUCUUCCGACUCUGGGAAGAGUGGCCCCUCCGGUUUUGCUUGCAUCCUGGAGUUUCUCAAAGCGCUUUUUGGAAUCCUCCCGUGGGACAACACUCACUCCGAUGGAUCUCCUGGCCUGGCGAUGGUGGUGGAGCUCUGUAAGCGGCUUGUUCACCUGCUGCUCGCCCCGCCCCCAGAUUCCCCCCCACCACAAUGUAUCAACAGGCUAUCCGAAGCCGUGCUCAUCCUCCAGCUGGCCUCCGAUGCCCUCGACUGCGCCUACAGCCUGCAAAAAAGCACCCUCUGGUCCUCGACGGAGAAGGACCCUCGAUUCUCAGCUUUAGAUGUCCACCAUGUGCCACUGCUGCAGGAGUACGGGGAGAUCCAAUAUGACCUUGGUCAUCCGGUUCUGCCCCUAUCCCAGCGACCAUCCAGCAGACUGUGUGGAGUGUGGCAUUGGGUCUACACGAUGAGCCAGAGUUACAAGGAGGACACGCGAGGCCCUAAGGAGGUCGAUGACGGGGAGCAGUUGUCAAUCAUCAUGUCCAAGAUUCAAGCAGCUCUGCAAGCGAUCGGGGAGAAACUCGAAGAGGGUCCCGCACUGUUGAGUCACACAGGUGAAGAAUUCUUCCUAUGCGGCUUGUACCAAAACAGCUCUGAGACGUGGCGGACCCAAAUUUGGGAAGAGAGUAAAAAAAGUUGUCGUCGCAGCGCCUUCCAGGAAACCCGACUUUGCCUGGCUCUCCUCUACAGCCUGCUGUCCCAGUACCAUCUGAGGGAAGCCGUGGAGUUGGGAGAACACAUGGCCCACUUGGCGCUGCACAACGCCGACCGCCACAAUAAUCAUGCCACUUGCACUACAGCCGACCCCCUUCUGCCGACAAACCUUCACAGCGACGCAGUCAUCGCCGUCAUUCAGACUUUGGCGAGGUUCAUGGCUUCCUAUUUUACCAAUCAGCCUCUCAACAUCCUGCCUGCACACCACGUGGCUGUUUUGCCACCGUUACAUCUACCUCAUGCUUCAAAUGUAGGACGCAUGGUGCCUCUGUGCCAGGAGGCAGCGGCUCGAGCGGUCCGCCAGCAACAAAUGUCGGAGAAGUGGACCGUGGACUACGCCGUGGACCUUCUACUGCUCGGGGGUCUGUUCCCUGAGACUGCGUGGUUGGCGUACAAACUCGGCGACUGGAAGAUUGCAGCCUCCGUUAGCCUCGCUUAUGUGUACGACUGCAACAGCCACUUGGACAGGACGAAGAUCAACAGACAAGACCUUCACCUUCCAAAAACUUUACUCCCUGAAAGCAUUUUUCAGGCGGAGUUGCAGUGUCUUCUGGACAAUGACACUGGAGAGCACAGCGAUGUCAAUGAGUCAACAUUUGCAGACCCCGUGGAAGGACAAGACUUGGAUGCGUUGGAAGGAUCCGUCCAGGACAUCCUCAAAGCGUCCGUCGUCGCUGGUGUGGACGUUUUAACGUCACAGUUAACUUCCUUACUGGAAUCAGCUAAAGAUCUGUGCUCGAGUCUGUCUGCUUUGGUGCACAGUGGACUGUAUUUACCGUCCCCGCCUUUGUAUUGUCCUCAGCCGUCCCCUAACACUCAGGAUCCUGUGGGGACAGCGGGACAACUCACAGAGUUGGCGACACGCCACAAAGUGUCGGGCGUUCUCCAGAGGAUCCUGCUCCUCCUCAGGUCAGCUCGAUGCUGCCACCCUGUCGCUCAGUGGUACGUCAGGAACCUGAGGCGGGCCCGCCACCUACUUCACAAGAUCAAGACAAAGUAUGCCUACCCAUCAUUCCCCAAAGAGGAAAAGCCUUUCCCAGAAGGCCUGAUGAAAUUUGCCAGCCAUGGCGGAUUCUUCAGAAGGAGCCAUAGCAAAGAUCUAGAGCCUGAUUCCAGUCAAACUAUUAUCUGUUUCAGGCAGCUGUGUGGUUUAUGCUGGAUGCUUCAUGUUAGGGAUCAGCUUUCUGUUGCCUGCAGGAGGUUUCAAGCUGCCAGAAUGCAACAGGCCCCUGACGAUUCACAAGUGCAUUCAUUCUGCAUUGAUGCUCUUCUCUGGGCCCAUCGCUAUUUGAGUUUCUCUCACUUCCUGAACGCUGAGGAAAUCCUGCAGGAUCUCCUGCUCAGCCUUUUGGCUGAAUUGCCACCCCUUGCUUUGGUGGCAGACACGCUCGUUCUUGCCUUCCCAGAGAAGGAAGAGUCUGUCAGAGUCUCCCUGAGGGAGAAGUAUAACUCACUGCUGACGAGCUUGAGGCAAUGCAGCGUCUUUGAGGACGACACUAAGACCAUGAAGACUCUGAUUCAAGAAAAACUCAGGCUGAGGAGAAAGCACCUGGGUCGCUUGCUGAGGCACCUGGCCCCCAUGGAGCUUUGGCUGUGGGAGAAAGACGAAGAUGAGGAAGACAAACACGAGGCGACCGCUUUGAGAUCACACUCGCCGGUCACGAGCGUCAGCGCCGCCACUCUAACUGACGGCGUUGAUGAAGAAAGAACAGAGAGCACAUCUGACCCUCAUACCUCAUCCAUAUCCAGGAAGGUCAAAAUUAAAGCAAAGAAGACUGCUGUUCGGACUAAGAGAGCAAAAACAAAUGUAGCGCCACCUUCCCUUCCAGUCAUCGGGACCUGGGAGUUUGAGCUAGAGGAUGAUGAGUAUCUCAACUUCCUCGAGCUUUUUCUCAGCUACAUGCUGGAGAAGGAAAGCAGCGACGGGGGUGAGCCUCCUUUGCUCAAGUCUUUUUGCUCGGCUUUACGCGAGAGGGAGCUAAACUCGCUCACCUUCGACGUGCUCACCACCAUGCAUCGUCGCCAAAGAGACCCGGCCAGGAAACACUGCGGAAAUGAGCUCCCGGUCUUCAGAGCCGGUUGCUGUCGAAGGCCGGUGAAUGCGGGUACGACCCCCGAGUCGCAAGCUGCACCAGACGCUUGCGAAUAUCGAAGCAACGUCUCUGCGUCCGCUCUGUCUGAGCUUAAGACAGGGAGACAAUUGGGUUUGUUUGGUCUCCGACAUCAGAAGGGAGCCUCUGGUUCUGACGGUAAUCAAAGCGUGUUGGCUUUCGCCUCCACAACUACACCGGAAGCCGUCGUAGAACUUCAACAGGUCCUGGAUUCUAAAUUAGAGGCCCAGUUCCCAGUGCUGGGAAGACUGCUGGAGUGGAUGUUGCGCUGGGCCGACAAAAGGGUGCUCCUUGGGCAUUCGGCAAAGAAGAAAAAAACAAAGAGAGACGUAGCGUGUGAAGAUGGGAUAGUCAUCCGUGUCAGGACCUCUGCGCCGGCGCUGCUCACUUCGCUGAGCCUGCUGGAGCGCAGGUUCACGCAUCUGCUCCAGCCAGGGUGCCCGGAAGCAAGAUGGACGAUCGCUCGGGUGUGGCAAUCCGAGGCCGUCCCAAAGCUGGAGAGACAAAGCCCUGUUGAUAUCAGCUCCCCAAGAUCAGCUGCUGGUCUGGAUCACGACAUAGGGAAAGAGGAACUGUCUGUUUGUUCUCACACGGACGAAGCAGAAGAGUUGAAGUCUCGCAUGACGCCUCUCCCCGACGAGCCAGACGAACUCAACUCCAGCGGUCCGGUCCCGAGCUCCACAUCACAGCGACCGUGUUUUGCUGAUUUGGAUGUCACGCCAGAAAAAGAAGUCAAAAGCAACGAUGACCGCACGGAGCAGUCGUCGUCUCUCUCCAACGACAUCCCGUCUGAAAACCUCUGCUCGCCUUUAGCGAGUUUAAAACUUGGAGAACUGAUGGAGCCCACCUCAUCUCUAUUCAAUCAGGCAGGAAGCCAUCCAUUGACCCGGGCACCGAGUGAUCCAAACUCCCAAAUCCCCCCGUCUGCUCAGCCACAGGCGUCGCUUCACACAGAGCUCCCCCUUUCAAGAGCAACUCUGGACACCAACACGCCAUUAGAUCAUCCAGGCUCUGGACCUCACCCUACCACAGCUGGUGCACCCGCUCUGGAUCCUUUUGGCCAACCAGACUCCUUUCAGGCUCCGCCAAUGAGGCAGCGCCUGGGUGAAGAUUUGUACCGACUGGUCCAGAACAUCAACUACAUGAGCCUGAUGGAUGUUUUGGGAGCUUCAUUUUCCAAUCUGCAACUCGCGCAGCAGAAUUCCUAUUUAUCGCAACCUAAUAUGAGCCCUUAUGUGCCUUCGCCCUAUGCACCACCUCAACAUAAUCCCCAACCUGUGCAGACCCCUGCAGUGUCGCAAUCCCAAAUGUAUGUGCCGAAUUCACACUCAAACAAGCCAGCAUCUGCACCCAUGUGUGCGCAUCAGGCUCCCAUACAAGGCACACAAGAACCUGAUUACGUCAGCAAUCUUACCUAUGCCCGUCAUGACGCAGGAGGAAGCCAUCAGGAUUUUCGACCCCUCGCUGUGCAAGCGGAGUCGAGAGACAUUCACUUUCAGGAAAGAACGAAAUUAAUCCCAUCCACCGAAGGGCUUCUGAUCGCCGCUAACAGCAAUACUACAGCGCCCCCUGUUGGUAAUAAUAGAGACCUGUCCAUUCAAGCCUCAAGCCUCCAAUUACUCCAUCUGCAAAGUGGUAAGAAGAGAGACAAGAAAAGGAAUAAAGGCGAAUCUACAAUUCGGGAAAGACUUCUUCGAUUUAGCCACAGCACUCAAACCGAGUCUCCGACAAGGAGCUGUCAUCAGCAGAAUCCCACGUCCGAGGCGGCACGAGGGCUUCGUUUGCUGCGUUUGCAGCCCGGUGCACAAGAACACAUCAACCUCCCCAAACUACCGGCAACACCUCCUCCUCCCCCCAAGCAUUUCUAUGUCCCUGCAGUGACACUGGUAGACAUCCCCAAACUCCAACUUCUUCACAUAGACCCCAGUCCAAGAAUGAUGUCCACCCCGGCACCUCGCUCGUCCCACAAGGCUCGCCUCAUCUCCCUGGAGGAGUUGGCGGGUUUAGUGGCAGGGAGGCGCAACUCGGAAGAAGCUCGGCUGCAGCUGCUGCGAGUCAACGACUCCGGCGAAAUGCAUCGCGGCGUGACGCCUUCCUCCAGCUCCAGCAAAAGGCAGAAGAGGAGAGAGCGAUCACUCAGCACAAAUCUGCCAAGUGAGCUCAUCACCACACAGGAGCCUAACGUGAAGCAAGAGGAAAUCACUCCUGCAGGGGAUGCUCCCAGUCAAAGUGCAGUCAUUCAUAGUUCCUCGAGAUCCAGCAGCACCGGUCCAACUGGUCGCUUUCUAUUAGACAAGGCGAGAGCCACUUCAGCUGAACUCCAUGCCUUCGCCUCCACGUGUAAAAGACCCCCAGAGUGCCUUGACGCUUUCACCAACACUGAUCCAAAAUCUUCUCCCAUGCUUGUGGACAAAGCAGUGUCUGCUUCACUCUUAGCCACAACUUCUACGGCCAAGUCAAAAGAACACACUUCAGAGAAACUAUCCCGAGAAAAGAGCCCUUCUCAAGAUGAUGAUGAGAUCCCGCCAAUAGAUGAGAAGAGGAAUUUGGAUCAGCGCGGUCGCAACUUCCUAAGCAUCCUGGACAUCGAAGAGGGGUCGCAACAUUGUGAUUUACCUCCAGCCAGCUCCGGAAUGAAAGACGCUUCUUCCAUACCUCCUGUCCUCACGCCUGCUCAGCUUCACAUUCUCGCCACUUCUGUCAUCAAGAGUGCUCGCCCCGCCGAUGAGAAAACCCCCAAAACCGUCACCCCAACAGAUUACCAUGAGAGCACCACUGAACCAGAGAGAGUUUACUCUGAGGAGCUACAUGACGCAGAUCUUAUUAAAGCCCUCAGGACAAGAAGAGAGAGACCUCACAUCGUGGAACCGGAGAGCAUCUGCUCUACUGAACUAUCUGAGCUGACGACAGCAAUGAAGACACCAAAAAGAGAUGGACCUCACCACAGGGAACCAGAGAAAGUCUUUCCGUCCGACAGUGAAGUUUCAAUCGACUCCGAGCUUUCGAAAGCCAUCAAGAGCCCACGAAUAGACGAACCUUGCAAUCUCCCGUCCGAAACCGCCGUGGUUUGGUUCUCGUCCCAUCUGUCCAAACUGGAUUCCCAGCUGGCUGCGCUGCAGAACAUCGCCGACUGCCUGGAGCAGGACCUGCCUCAGUCCAAAAUUCCAAAGCAGCCAUCCAAGCCACAGCAAUUCUCCCCAGCUUUAUCUCCGAAUGUGAAGCCCACAGUAAGAAAAACAGUAAGAUUGUCUCUCCCGGAGGAAAAGCCCAAAGCACAGCCAAAGCACACUCCUCACGUCGUCGUGAGAAAGAACAUCCUCGAAAGCAGAGCCCCACCGCCGCAACCUCACACCGCACCAGAACCCGACAUCUGCAAGGAGGACGAGAAUGAAGAGGAGGACAAGAGAGUAGACAUAUUCCACAAUGUCAACCACAGCCCUGACCGAAAGCCGUCCACUCCGCAUCUAACUUCCUCCUCUCAGCUUCAUCCCGGCCACCAGAGCCUUCUAAAGCAUCUGUCAACUGUAACAUUGGAAACGUUUGAUGAGACGGUCGACGAGAGCCUGGACCAGAUGGGCUUGUCCGACACAGCGGAGAUCCUGGAAGGUUUGGUGCGAGAAGGUUACAUAUCCCAGAUGGACCUGGACGCAUCUUUAUCAAACACGCUCGACAGCAGGAAAGAGCAGCAAGAAGCAAGUCGGCAGAUUUCCACGAGGUGUGCUCUCCCCGACGAUGAAGACUACAGGCGGGAGUUGAAGAUCUGGAUGCGACGCAAGCAGAGGGAGAGACACUCGGUGUAUCAAAAACAGAGAGCCAGCCUGCGUGAGAGGGAGACCAAACCUUUUUCCAGAACAUCGAAAUCCACCAACCAAGUGAUCAGCAAGAAAAACACACAAGAAAAGCAAAAGGACUUGCUUUUGAAACAAUUCAACCAGAGGCUCCGUGACGCCGCCUUGUUGGCGGAUCAACUUGGCACCAGCCCCUUUCCCGGCUCUCGUGUUUUAGUCACUGAUGGUCCCACCGUAAGGUCGUCCUCUGCUCCACCCACAGCUGGCAAUCCCAGCACAGAGAAGAAUCUGAAGCGUCCCUCAGGCCAAACACGCGCCCAGCGUCGUCCUUGGACUGCCGAAGCACCCGGAAGACCUUCAGAGGACAACAAGAAGGUUGGACUCCAGCCAAGGCCAGGGACCUCACUGUCCAGGCAGCGUCCGGUCACUUCCGCCAGGGCACAAGAGGACGAGCAUGUCACACAGCAGAGCGUUAGUUUGUUAUUGUCUGAACUUAUAAACGAGCAGGACGACGGCAUCGAGGCGAGUGAGGCAGGCAUGGACUGGCUUGACAAAUUGUCGGAGAGCGGCGGCAACCUCAGCGAGGUGGACUGGGCGGCCAUCGAAAGGAUGGCGGCCACGGCGGGGACUUGAAUGUCUGCAUCUCAGGUAAAAAAAAAAAAAAAAAAGCAACACGGUACAGAGUCAUUGCUUGGUCAAUUUCUAUGUUUCUGCUAUGUUUAUGUUUUGCGUUGCAAGCAAAUCAGGCACCCUACCACUAGUUAGGGGCAUUGUUGCUUGCAGUGAACACAGUUGUGCUCACGUUUGUGCAGGUAUUUGUACACACUUGAUCAUUUUGUCAGUUUUGUGUGUAGAAUUUGUAGAGAAAAAUUAAUCCAUUCUGAAAUAAGGUUGUAACAUGUGAGAAAAAUGAAACUCUUAAUAAUACUUGGAUUGAUCGACGACACAAUUUCGGAAAUUAUAGUUAGGUGUCAGCUUUCUGCUUGAAUUUUUCUAUAUACUUUCUCACUUUUGUACACAUUGUCUUGAAUAAAUGUCACUUCUAAUCAUUUCAUUAUUUCAAAGACUUUAUUUGGAAUACAAAGGUAAAACAUUCUGCCACUAAUUAUCGAAAAUACUGACUUUUUUUCUUGAACAGUUACCUUUUGAAUGAAAACUCAGUAAUUCAAAUACUCAUCGAUCUAAAUUGAAAAUAUUUUUCAAAAUUAAAUACAGUGAGUGAU